UAUAUUUUGUUAGUUUGUUAUUGGUUUUUAAUAUUUCUUUUCAUUCGUGUGAUUGAAUUACUCGAUUAUCGAUUUUGCAUCAAUUUUGAUAAGAUAAAACAACAACAACAAAAAAAGGAUGGAAUCCAAACCAAUUGUCGGUUAUUGGGAUAUUCGUGGUUUAGCACAACCAAUUCGUAUGUUAUUAUCAUAUGUUGGUGUCGAUUUCAUCGAUAAACGUUAUCAAUAUGGACCACCACCUACAUUUGAUCGAUCCGAAUGGUUAAAUGAAAAAUUUCAACUUGGACUUGAUUUUCCAAAUCUACCAUAUUAUAUUGAUGGUGAUAUUAAAUUAACACAAACAUUGGCUAUUUUACGUCAUCUUUCACGUCGUCAUAAUUUGGAUGGUGAAACAGAACAAGAACGUAUUCGAAUUUCAUUAUGUGAACAACAAACAGUCGAUAUGGUUAUUUCAAUGGGACGUGUUUCAUAUGAUCCAAAUUGUGAAAAAUUGAAAGUUGAAUAUCUUCGAGCAUUGCCUGCUCAAUUGGAAUUAAUGUCAAAAUUUAUUGGCGAUCGUCCAUUUGUUGCUGGUACUAAUCUAAGCUAUGUUGAUUUUUGUUUGUAUGAAUUAUUGAUCAAAUAUAAAGUUUUAACACCGGAAAUUUUGGAACCAUUCGAAAAUCUUCAUAAUUUUAUCAAACGUUUUGAAUCAUUGCCAAAAAUUGCUGCAUAUAUUCGUGGACAAGAACCAAAACCAUUGAAUGGUGCACCGGCUCGUUGGAAUGGUACAUAUCAAUAAUUAUUAUUAUAAUUAUUGAAUUUCAAUUUAAAACAAUUUCAAUGAUUUAAAAUUCAUCCAUAGAAAAAAAAUUAAUAAUUAAAUCCUAUCAUACCGUUAUUAUUAUUGAAAUUUUUCACCAUAAAAAAAAUACCAAAAGGAUUAAAAAUAUUCCAUAGGCGCCAUCCAUUGAAUUUGUAUU